AUGUAUAGUAAUUGUUUGAGGCACCGCCCCCAUUUAUCUUUAUGUGUUUUUCUGCUUGUCUGUAUUUUUUACGUUUUUUUCAAGCCUACCGCAUACCAUAAAAGUUCUAGUGGCUCAUGUGUUAAUAGUUUGUGGUCCAGAAAUUUGUCAGAACCCAACAAUUCUAGAAACAGCAAUUUAUAUAAUAAUAAAUUAAAAUCCAAUCCAUAUGAUUCAAAAUUUAGAAACGAUAUAUACACAUCCAGAGGGUCUCAUAAUACUAAGGAAUCCAAAGAGAAAAGCAGUUUAAGAGACGGGGUGUCAAGAAAUAAUGCUAGCGAUGUUUCAAGAAACCAUUUGAGAGAACCUUUAUAUAAACGAUUUGAAAAAAGAAACAAUGAUCCAGAAGAACAAAAUAAGUUGGAAGAAGAAAGGAAAAAGGGGGAGGAAGAACAAAAUAAGUUGGAAGAAGAAAGAAAAAAAAGGGAGGAAGAAAAAUCAAAUGACACAUUUUUAUCCAAUAAUGAUACUAAUUCAAAUGGAAGUACCAAUAUAGAUUCUUCCGAAUUAUUAGAAAAUGAUAUAGAUGAAUAUAGCGAUUCAAAUGAUAUAUCUAUCCUUGAAGAUUUUAAUAAUGAUAUAAAUGAAGCGUUGAAUCUUUUAUCGGAUGAUGAAAUUGAUGAUAUGAUUAAUAACUUAAAUGAUAUUGCUUCAUUUGAAGAGAUGCACAAUAUAUGGAAUGAAUUAUGUAAGAGUGAAAAGUAUAAAUUUUUAUAUCUUAUAUAUGAUUUAAGAAAAUUAUAUGAAGAAUUAAUAGAUGAUAUUGAUGAUAUUGAAGAAGAGGAAGAAGAAUUGUGGGAAACGUGCGUUUUUGGUGUUGGUAAGAUACAAGUACGAGCAUCCGGAACUUAUAAUGAUUUAUUUAAUAAUUUAUUAAGUGAUGAAUAUGUUUCAAAAAAAGAAUUUAUUGAUUUUAUAAAAGAAUGUAGAAAUAGAUUAUCACUUAUAAGAAGUCAAUUAAAAGAUAAAUGUGAAAAAAAAAUUAUUGAUGCUUUGUCUAAUUAG